AUUUUUGGGUCCUGCUGCUGAUGAAGCCUGUCAGUAUGUGACUAGAGUUGUAGGUAAACACCCAUUAUUCCUGAGAGAGUUGAAUCUGAGUGGACAUAAUCUAGGAGACGCACGAGUGAAUCAGAUUGCUGCUCUACUGCAAGAUAAACACUGUCAACUCCACACACUGAUUCUGCGUAUUUGCAGUAUUACAGAAGAACAGUGUCUUAUCCUGACUUCAGCUCUCAAAUCAAACCCAUCACACCUGAGAGAACUGGACCUCGGUGGGAAUGAACUGGAAGACACAGGAGUAAAUCACUUAUGUGACGUACUGAAGGAUUCACACAGUAAACUGGAGAGAUUGAGGUUAAGAUUCUGUUACAUAACAGAUGAAGGUUGUUCUGCUGUGACUUCAGCUCUGAAAUCAAACCCAUCACACCUGAGAGAGCUGGACCUGAGUAUGAAUGAAAUAGGAGACUCUGGAUUUGAAACCCUCAGUGACCUACUGAUGAACCCACAAUGCAAACUGGAAAAACUAGAUCUGUGGAGAUGCAGAAUUACAGAAGAACAGUUUCUCAUCCUGAUUUCAGCUCUGAAAUCAAACCCAUCACACCUGAGAGAGCUGGACCUGACUGAGAAUCAAAUGAGAAGCACAGGAGUGAAUCACUUGUGUGAAAUACUGAAGGAUUCACACUGUAAACUGGAGAGAUUGAGGUUAAGAUACUGUGAUAUGACAGACGAAGACUGUUUUAAUCUGACUUCAGCUCUGAAUUCAAACCCAUCACAUUUGAGAGAGCUGGACCUAAGUUUGAAUGAAUUAGGAGACUCUGGAUUUGAAAACCUCAGUGAUCUGCUGAUGAACCCACAAUGCAAGUUGACAAAACUACUGUUAGUAUGAAUAUACUGUGCUAACUGUACUAACACACAAUUCAAAUGAGGAGUCUAACUAGCAGUGCUGGAUAGUAACUGAUUACAUGUAAUCUGGAAUACA